AUGCCUCAGCAGAAGCUAAAAUUUAUGGAGCAUUCAAAUCAAUCAACUCCAACCCGCUUCAUUCUUCUUGGUUUAUCAAAUGUCCCACCCCUCCAAUUUAUCUAUUUCUUUGCGUUUUUUCUCAUUUAUACAAUCACAGUAUUAGGAAACAUUCUACUUAUCACUGUGGUCGUGAUGACCCCUUCUUUACACACUCCAAUGUACUUCUUUCUCAGUAACCUUUCUGUCAUUGACAUUACCUUCUCCUGUACAAUAGUCCCAAAAAUCCUGGUGAACACCCUGUCCACAGACAAAAGCAUCUCCUUUGUUGAAUGUGCCAUUCAGAUGUAUAUCCAUUUGGUCCUAGGAGCAACAGAGAGCAUUUUACUUGCUGCCAUGGCUUACGACAGAUUUGUGGCCAUCUGUAGGCCAUUACAUUAUACGACCAUCAUGAAUUAUAGGUUUUGCGCUUGCCUAGUUGCCAUAUCAUGGGUCACUGUUGUAAUCCUCUACUAUGGGACCAUUAUGUUCAUAUAUCUGCGACCCUACUCUACCUACUUUAAAAAUGCAGAUAAGAUUGUUUCUCUUCUCUACACUACAGUGACCCCAAUGUUGAAUCCCUUCAUCUACAGUAUGAGGAACAAGGACUUCAAAGGCUCCAUAAACAAUCUGAAUAAACAGCUUACUUUACAAAACCUUUAA